AUGUUAUACCAUGGUGGGGGGGGGAGGGCGAAAUGCGUAACCGUCUGCUGGAGAGCUAGCCGUAUUGGACCGGUUCCACCUUGCACAACACCUGGAAUCGACUCGAAUUUCGCCACGAGGGUAUGUCUACAUACAUCGCAAACUAUUCGCCAUUUCGCCACAUCCUUCAUAAAUGGGCACUUUAAAGGCAUUUUGAAGCUGUAUGACAAAGACGUUCUAAGGACAAGGGACACUGAAGAGGUCCUUGGCAAAGAAAUGCAGCCUCUGGAGAUCCUGAGGAGAAGUGGUGAUAAUUGGGACAGUGACCUCCCGCGGAUGACAUUGGCCUGGAUAUGA